AGCAUGUUUUGGGUAUUCUACAGAUCAGUUCAACUGAUGGUGCCUCAGUGCAGGGCUGAUGAUUAGCUUGUCCGAGGCCAUUCAAAUUUUAAGAAAAUGAGCAGAUUCUUUGGAACCGGUUCUGAUUCAGAAACCGAGAGCUCCUCCAGUGGUGAUGAGGAGGUGCAACAGAGGGCUCAGGCCCCAGCUUCAGCCUUCCAGUGGAGUGAUGAAGAGGAGGAGACCAAGCGAGUGGUGCGUUCAGCCAAGGAGAAACGUUAUGAAGAACUCACUAACAUCAUUCGUCAAAUUAGGAACCAUCGGAAGAUCAAGGACAUGUCCAAGAUGCUAUCAGGAUUUGAAGAAUUGGUGCGUGCCCACCAGAAGGCAAUUCCAGUCAUUGCAAAGGAGGAAGGUGGAAUCACUCCCCGAUUCUACAUUCGUGUUCUUGUCGAGAUGGAAGAUACUGUGAAUGAAGUGUGGGAAGAUAAAGAUGCCAGGAAGAGCAUGAACCGAAACAAUGCCAAGAGCCUGAGCACACUUCGCCAGAAACUACGCAAAUACAACCGGGAGUUUGAAGAGGAGAUUUCUAAGUUCCGUGAGAAUCCUGACAUGGCAGAUGAGGAGGAACAGGAGGAGAAUGAGGAUGAUCUGGAUGAAGAUUCGGAUUCGGAUGCUGCAGUCGAGGGUCCAGAUGCUUUCAGAGUCAAACCCUCAGUACACGUAGAGAAAGAUCGAGGCCCAGAGAAGGUGGGAGCCUUGGACAAAGAUGCCAGUGAUGAUGACGAUGAUGAUUCCAUUGACUGGGGGGAGUCCUCGGAGAGCGAGUCGUCAUCCACCGACGACGAUACCAAGUACACCAACAUGAGGGAUAAGUUCUUGAAGAAAACUACACAGAAGGAAGAGGAGAAGGAGAAGAAAGAGAAAGAAAAAAAGAAGAAAGAGAAGGAGCGAGAGAAGGAGAAACGUAGAUACAAGGAGAAGGAUGAUGAUGAGGGCGAGUGGACCAAGGUGGUCAGUGGGCCUCCGCUGGGGAGCCUCCGGGAGAAGCUGAAGAUGUUCUCAAAGGAUUCUGAGGUAAACCACCUGACCGUGAUGAAGAAGCUGGCCGAGAUCGUGGCCGCCCGAGGGAAGAAGGGUACCGACCGCAAGGAGCAGAUCGAACUCCUUCAUGAGCUCAAGCGCAUUGCCGAUGAGAAUAAUCUUGGUCCAGCCAUUGCCAUCAAGAUAGACUUUGCCAUCGUUGCUGCCCUCUAUGACUACAACCCCACCAUCUCUGCGGCCAUGCGUCCCGAAUACUGGGAGAGGGUUCUGAUGAAGGUGAAUGAACUGCUGGAUGAUCUGAUGAAUCAAAAGGAUCUCCAAAUUGGGGAACAUGUGAGCGAGGAAAGUGAAUGCGUUGAGAAACCACCAUAUAGGGUUCGAGGAUGCAUCCUGACUGUGGUGGAGCGCAUGGAAGAGGAAUUCACCAAGAUGCUGAAGGAAUGUGAUGCUCAUUCCACAGAAUAUGUUGACAGGUGCAUUUCCUGCAUUUUCCACUAUGAGGCCUUCACUUCAGGAUGUACCAGAACCCUGGGUUUUGUUUAUUUGAAUCAGGAUGAGGCGGCUGUGUGCAAGAUCAUUGCCAAGCUCCGGACUUAUUUGGAACAGGAUCCCGUUCCAUCAGAGCUGUGCCGCUGCUACCUACGUCUCAUUGAGCAUCUCUAUUAUAAAUUUGACCCCAAUGUCUUUAAACAGAAAGAAGGGAAGCUGCCAACCACAGAAAGGACAAGCCUUCUGGAGCUGGAGGAAUAUUGCAAGUACAUCUAUGCCAAGGACAACACCGAUCGGCUGCGGACCCGGGCCAUCCUCUGCCACAUCUACCAUCAUGCCCUGCACGACAACUGGUUUGCGGCCCGGGAUCUCAUGCUCAUGUCCCAUCUUCAAGAUGCUGUUCAGCAUUCAGACAUCCCCACCCAGAUCUUGUACAAUCGGACGAUGGUCCAGCUGGGUCUGUGUGCCUUCCGACAUGGAAACAUCCGAGAUGCCCACAAUGCCCUCCUGGACAUCCAGUCUGGGGGUCGAGCCAAGGAACUCCUUUCCCAGGGCCUCCUCAUCCAGCGUCAAAUGGAGCGAAGCUCAGAGCAGGAGAAAAAGGAGAAGCAGCGGCAGAUGCCUUUCCACAUGCACAUAAACCUGGAGUUGCUGGAAUGUGUAUAUCUAGUAUCUGCCAUGCUCAUGGAAAUUCCCUACAUGGCUGCCCACGAGUUUGAUGCACGUCGCCGAAUGAUAUCCAAGAGCUUCCAUCACCAGUUGAAAGUAUCUGAGCGUCAAGCUCUGGUUGGACCGCCCGAGUCCAUGCGGGAACAUGUGGUUGCAGCCUCCAAAGCCAUGCGCAAUGGAGACUGGCGUGCCUGUAGAGACUUUAUCAUCAAUGAAAAGAUGAACUCUAAGGUCUGGGACUUGUUCUACCAAGCGGACAAGGUACGGGAGAUGCUCACCCUGAAGAUCCAGGAAGAGACGCUGCGCACCUACCUUUUCACUUUUUCCUAUGUCUACAACUCCAUCUCCCUGGAUACCUUGGCCCUACAGUUUGACUUGCCCAAGCCUUCGGUGCACUCCGUCGUCUCCAAGAUGAUCAUCAACGAGGAGCUGAUGGCCUCGAUGGACGAGCCGACCCAGACGGUGGUGAUGCACCGUACCGAACCGUCCCGCCUCCAGUCCCUGGCCCUGCAGGUUGCCGACAAGGCACUUACUUUGGUCGAGGACAACAGCAGGGAUUCCGCGAUCGCCAGCCGUACGACCGACGCCAGCAGCAAAACUGGGGUGACCGAGGAAGGCGACAGAUGGACAGGGCUUUCUAAAGGACUAUCUCUCCCAGUAAUAAAUAUUUUACCGUCUCACGGCGACACAAACGAGAAUCGGUUCGCCUUUGCAUCGUACCUGACUCACCGCACGAGAGAUUGGGUCACCCGAAGAAGAGGGGGAAAGAAGAGAAGUCGAACCGGCAACGGUUCCGUCGUUCUAAAUCGAAGAUGGACCGUCGAUGAGAGCGGGGUAGUCCCAACUUUCGCUCGGGCGGGAGCGGGAGCUCGUUGGCUCCAGGUUAGCAGGCACCGCGAUGGGAAUCGGAUGUGCGAACCGGUCUCUCUGAUCCGCCUCGUUCGAGGUCGUGUCUGCCGUGCGAGUCGACGGACCGAACGACGAGUCGGACUUCGACGCGUACCUCGAAGAGGUGGAUGGGGCUCUGGGACCUCGUCCUGCCGAUGGGAGGGUUCGGAUCGAAAUCGCCACCCUCGCCUACGGUCACCGUGGGCAACGACGGAAGAGAGUCGGUCGCGGAUGCAGGUCGCCUGCGUCGCCGAGCGAGGAGAUUCCGAGUCGCCGCCGUCCGCGAGAACCUCCAGGUCGACGGGCCGCUUCCCGAGAUCCACGGACCUCCAGCCGAUCGGUGAGCCUCGGGCAAGGCGGAGGGUUCGUACGGGGAGUCGGAAGCUCGGAGACCUGCCGAGCUCGAGUCCGUUACACUUCGACGAGGUCGAAGCAUCGCUUAAAUCUGGGUCCGCGCGAUAUGGCGAAGUCCUAAGAAGCGAAAGAAUUUUCUCGGACACCCAACCGGUUUACGCGCACCGU